ACGGACGUAAAUCUUUCGGUCUCUUAAUUUGCCGUUAAGAAAACAAUUAGGCGCGGAAAAUUCUAACAAUUCAACCAGUUUGGGAUGGAUAAUACCAGAAAAUGUUGGAAUAUUUCCCAAUUUGUGGCUCCCGUAAAAGCCGGCUGUCAUUGCUGAAGAAAAAAUUGAAUAUUCAAAAUUUUCAAAUAAUUGUUGGACUCUUGCAAAAAAAUGCCAUAAAAUGUAACAAAAUCAAGAAUGAUUUAACAAAAAAUGAUGAAAAUGGAAUAAUACUGCGGAUUUGGGGUCCACAUCAUUUGGAACCCAAAAAGUUACUACCCUACUUAAUUCGCGAAAAUAUGCCAGUACGGGUAUGGUCUGGUAUGGAUUAUUUAAAAAAGGAUCCCAUAGCUCCCCUCUACGGUCCUCCCAUUACCUUUCAACGGAACGGCAGCAUUGGCCGCAUUCCCCUUAACAUAAAAAUGGAAACUAUAGCCCACAAAACGGGUAUAAUUGUGGAUAACUUUAACACCCCCUGUGCCCUAAAUGUCCUAAGUUGGUGUGGCGCAUCGGAACAAAAUUAUUUUACCACAAAUCGUUUUUGGUUAUUAUUGGGCACCAAUGAAGGAGAUUUGGAGUUGUUGGAGGACCCUGGUAUAUUUCUGCCACCCGAUAGUGAAGUUAAGGUUUUACUUCGUAAUGAAAAUAAAACCUAUGCCCUCUUGGAUGUCUAUAAAGUAGCGGCGGAUAAGGAGUUGAAGGUCCGCGAGGUAUUGGGAAAUUUUACGGAGGUUAAGGAAAUGUUAAAAGGCUUGCAGAAAUAUGGCUCACCCAUAUCUUAUCGUGAAAAUUUAGAGGGUAUUACUUUCAAAACGGGAUUGGUCAUUGCAUUUCCCGACAUGUUUACCGACAUCAAUGACAUAUCGCUGCGCCACAUCGAUACCAUAUCCAAGGUGAAUAAUCGCUUGACUUUGGAGUUGGCAAAUAAAUUGAAUAUGAAAUACAACACCCAUCAAAUGGACAACUAUGGCUGGCACCAACCGAAUGGCUCCUUUGAUGGCUUCAUGGGUCGCAUGCAACGUUACGAAUUGGAUUUUGGUCAAAUGGCCAUAUUUAUGCGUCUGGAUCGCAUUGCCUUGUGUGAUUUUGUGGCCGAAACAUUUCGCAUUCGAGCUGGUGUUAUGUUCCGCCAACCACCCCUCUCGGCUGUGGCAAAUAUUUUCGCCAUGCCCUUUGAAAAUGAUGUCUGGAUUUCAAUAUUGAUUUUGAUAUUCUUUACCAUCUUUGUUUUCACCUUGGAACUGGUGUUCUCACCCCAUGCCCAUGAAAUGGAUUUCUGGGAUGGUGUGGUAUUCGUGUGGGGUGCCAUGUGCCAGCAGGGAUUUUAUUUUUCAUUUGGCAAUCGUUCGGGAAGGAUGAUCAUCUUUACCACCUUUGUGGCUACGUUGUUUUUGUUCACCUCAUUUUCGGCAAAUAUUGUGGCUCUGCUGCAAAGUCCCUCAGAGGCCAUACAUAAUUUAAAGGAUUUAAGUCAGUCACCCUUGGAGAUUGGGGUACAGGAUACGGUUUAUAAUAAGAUUUAUUUUAAUGAAUCCACAGAUCCGGUUACAAAUCUGCUGUAUCACAAAAAGAUUGCCCCCAAAGGGGAUAGCAUCUAUAUGCGUCCCAUGAUUGGCAUGGAAAAAAUGCGCACCGGUCUCUUUGCCUAUCAGGUGGAGUUACAGGCUGGCUAUCAAAUUAUAAGCAAUACUUUUAGUGAGCCGGAAAAAUGUGGCCUCAAGGAGCUGGAACCAUUUCAAUUACCCAUGCUUGCUGUGCCGACCAGAAAGAAUUUCCCCUACAAGGAGCUGUUCCGCAGACAGUUACGUUGGCAACGUGAGGUGGGUCUCAUGAAUCGUGAAGAACUCAAAUGGUUUCCGCAAAAGCCGAAAUGUGAAGGUGGUGUGGGUGGCUUUGUUUCCAUUGGUCUCACCGAAUGCCGUUAUGCCUUGGCCAUGUUUGGCUAUGGGGUUCUAUUGGCCAUAAUCAUAUUUUGUUGUGAAAUUAUUUUGAAAAUAAUGCAUCGCAUGGGCAAACGUAUGAAUGCCUACUACAAGGGGGAUCGUUUUCCUCCCGGGGUAAAUGCAGAAUAAUUGAUUUAAAAGGAGUGACCUCAUCAUACCGCCCAAGUACAAUUUAUCAUAUAAUCGUUGUUAAGGAUAUUCAAUUACUUAUCAACUUGAAUGUUUUGGCAACAAAGAGAGAUUUGUCGCGACCAAGAAAAAAAAUCAAUUAAAUCAAUGUUUCUUAUUUUGUGGAAAUAUAUGUAGUUUAUGUUGUUCUUGUAGUCAAUAAAAUAUAGUAGAGAUACCCAAGA